UCUAGCUUGACUUAUAUAUUUAGCAAAAAAAAAAUGAGAUCGAAGAAAGAACUAAUAAUUUAACUGAAGUUAGUUGAAAACGUACGUACAUUAAGCUAGCUAGGAUGAAUCGGCUUUCUUGGAUCAUGAUGAAAACAUUGUCUCUAAUCAUCAUGGUCGUAGCUAAUAAUAAUAAUAAUAAUUCUGCUGCUUCUUCUUCUUCCCUGGACGAAACCCGAGAGUGCCCUUUUGAAGACUUCCACCCAUGCUUGCAGCUACUUCAAGGCCAAUAUUUGUCAGCCAAAUCCAUUUGGUCCUGCUGUGAAAUUCUUAACCAGGCAAUCAUUCAGGAUCAUCACUGUUUCUGUAUAACUCCCCCCUCUCUAUUGCUCACCAUGUCAGAUUGCCUCAUUUCAAUACCUCAAUGCCACGAAGAGCAAGUGCGGGGGGAUGAGGCUGGAUUUGAUUGGGAAGCCGCCUCUAGUUCAUACCAAAAUCUGAAGGAUGGCAGCCCACCGCCGGCGAACAACGCUACUGCAUCAUCAUCUUCGGUUGUUAAUCCACCGGCCAUUGUUGCUCCGGUCUUGGGAGUCCUGACAUCAUCCGCCGGCAGCCAUACUGAUCAUGGGAUUAUUUGGUUCACUCUCUUACUGCAUGCCCCUUGUAUCUAUCUCUUAGCUUCUUCUUUGUACACAUAAAUUCAUGAAUAAAAAACUCCAUUUUUAUUCGAAAGGAUAUAAUAGGCUUUCAUGGAUUUAUAAAUGAUUCACAACUUAUAUUUAUUCUCAAUUUAUAAACACCAAUGCUGGUUAGG